AUGUUUUGCCUUGAUCAGUUCAAACAUAUUACUGAAAAGAUCAAUGAAUUACAGCUCGAUACGACACGUAUUAUUUUACAACCCAACAAGCUCAUGUCUUCUGAUCAGCUGAAGUCAGAAAUAAUACGUCAUGACCAGCACUGUCAGAAUUUUGAAAAUGAAAAUCAACAACUUCAAUCGAAACUAUCUACCUUGGACAAACAAAGCGAAUUACUGAAACAAAAGAUUCUGCCGCUACAACUAGCUCCACCAGUACCUGGAAUAAGCAUUCCCCCAAAUUAUAAAUGGACACAGAAUGGUUACCGUGUAGCUGGAGGAUCUAAUUCCGGCAAUGAUAGAUUUCAUCUUCAUCAUCCAUAUGGUUUUUGUGUGGAUGAUGAUCAAGUUCUGUAUAUUGCUGACUCUACCAAUAAUCGAAUCUUAAAAUGGCGUUGUCGUGCAAUGGCGGGUGAAUUAAUUGCUGGUGGAAGAGGAAAAGGCGAUGGACCUGAUCAGUUAAAUUGUCCAACCGAUGUUAUUGUUGAUGAAACUAGAAGCAAUCUUCUCAUUUGCGAUUAUCAGAAUAGAAGAGUAGUUCGAUGGCGUCUUGGAUAUAAUACAUGUGGCGAAACAAUAAUAUCAAAUAUCGACUGUCAUGGUCUAGCAAUGGACAAAGAAGGAUAUCUUUACGUUACAGAUUAUAAAAAGAAUGAAGUCAGGAAAUACAAGAUAGGCGAAUCUCACGGAAUACUCGUUGCAGGCGGAAAUGGAGACGGAAACCGACUAGAUCAGUUAAAUGGGCCUCUGUACGUCUUUGUUGGUCGAGAUAAUUCGGUGUAUGUAUCUGACGAGAAAAAUGAUCGUGUGAUUAAGUGGAAGACGGGAUCCAAAGAAGGUAUCGUUGUGGCUGGAGGCCGAAACAGAGGAAAUGGUCUUGAACAAUUGUCACAACCAGGUAAAAUCUUUGUUAACCCAUGGAAUACUGUUUUUGUGGCCGAUUGGGGAAAUGACAGAAUAAUGAGUUGGCCACACAAAGCGAUCCUUGGACAUGUCGUCGUUGGCAAAUCUAGUAUCGAAAGAUACUGCAGUCAACUAAGGCAUCCUAUCAGUUUAACAUUCGAUCAGCAUGACAAUCUUUACGUUGCAAAUCAAUCGGAUCAUGAGAUACGAAAAUUCGAUAUUGACCGAAAUUGA